AAAUGGAAGUGCUCUUCAGCAGCGAAACACACCUGAAAAAACUCUCGUCCCUUCCUCUCCCUCUCCCUCGCAAACAUGGACGCUCCCUCACCAGAAAAUAACACCAUCAACGAUUCUAUACACCUGCAAAACGUUGUCGUAAUGAGACACGGUGACCGGAUAGACAGCCUCGAACCGUUAUGGGUCACAACAGCCUCUAGACCGUGGGAUCCACCACUCGUGGAAGCGGGUCGGAUCAGAGCUUUUUGUACUGGUCGGAAACUUAAAACGGAUCUUGGGUUCCCUAUCCACCGGGUCUUUGUUUCUCCUUUCCUACGCUGUAUCCAGACCGCCUCCGAGGUUGUCUCUGCCCUCUGCACCGUCGACGAUGGUCCUGACGUUGUUAGUAGUCGCGGUGUCACCAUCGAUUCCUCUAAACUCAAGGUCUCUAUCGAGUAUGGUUUGUGUGAGAUGCUGAAUAGGGAAGCCAUCGGAAGUGAUUGUGCGCCCAAAGACGGCAACUUUGGGUUCAAUAUCUCUGAGCUUGAAGCUAUGCUACCAACUGGGACAGUGGAUCAUGCUGUGAAACCAGUGUAUGAAGAGCUGCCGCAAUGGGAAGAGACGGUGAUGGGUGCAAGGACUAGAUAUGAACAAAUCAUUAAGGCGCUUGCGGAUAAAUACCCUUCAGAAAACUUGCUGCUUGUCACACAUGGGGAAGGAGUUGGAGUUUCAGUUUCUGCAUUUUUGAAAGACAUAUCAGUUUAUGACGUAGAGUACUGUGCAUAUUCACAACUAAGAAGAUCUGUUGUCCACGAAAAGAAGUCAUUUACUGCUGGAGAGUUUGAGGUGCUCACUCAAAAUGGUCAAUCUGGCAUCAGUUACUGUUCUGCAAACCCUAUGGCCAGUGGCGCCAUGUAUGAUGAAAUGUGACCUUUUUUUGUUUAUUGCGAGAAACCAUUUUAAACAUUUCUUCUGUCAACCUUUGGGGGCUGCCUUAAGCGCACUUGCUUGUGUUUCUAGGAGAACUGCUAUGAUCAAAGGGAUUCUUAAUUUAGGGCUAAUUGAUUGUAAAGGUCAAUUAGAUACCAUUGUUCCAUCAGGGAAUUGAGCUGUUAUCGCUUUCAUUGCAAACAACAUAAAAGAGGUAAUUAGGGAAACUUUCUUUGGGUUUUGGUGUGGUUAAAUGUUACCCUGAACGUUAUAAAUGAAUCUUGAUUGAGCUC